UUAUAAAAGCAGACGAUCAUUGGCACAAACGAUCACAGUUCACUUGCAACGUUUUCGCGAUCAUAUCCAAUCGAUCAACGCACUCAACUGUGACCAUGAAGGGAUUCAUCGCGAUCGCUGUGUUGGCUCUGGCCACCGUCUCCCAGGGAUCGUAUCUGCCAGCGGUGCAGUCGGUCCUUCCGUACGCCUACAGCUCUGGCCUCCAUGGCCUGGGUGCCUAUGAUGGUCUGGGUCAUUACUCGUCGCUCGGUGGACUGGGAUACUCGUCCGUGCUGGACCAUGGCCUCUCAUACCCGUACUCGGCCGCUGUUCCGUACUCUGUCUACAACAACGGUCUGUAUGGCGGAUACUACGGUGCCAAGUACGCCCCAACAGUGGUCCAGGCCAACGUGAACACUCUGAAGACGGUCAGCCCGCUGGGUCUGUAUGGAGGAUACGGUGUGGAGCACGGAUACGGUCUCGGUCACGGAUACGGCUACGGAUACAACAACUACCUCCCAGUCCAGGGUCAUGCUGCGAAGUACGUUGCUGCCAACCCGGGAGCCGUCCAUGUGGCUCCUCUGCCAGGCCAUCUGGUCAACCAGAAGUCGAUUGUGGCGUAAAUGACUGUGAUCGCGAGUAAAUGUAUGUGGAAU